AUGGUGGCCUCACUCGCCUUGCUCCGCGUCAAGUUGGAGAAUGUUCACCUGAAGGAAAAGCUGAAGCAGCAGGAUGCCAAGUCCUCGGCCUCCAGCAGUCCCAAGCGGGGGAAGGUGUCUCCAAUGUCACAAGGUGGAAAGGUGUCUGUCGACUUGAAUUCGCCGGACCGCCUGGUGAAGUUUGGCGUUUCGUCACCAAAGGCCGUGCGACUUCGUUGA